CGUAGGCAAUUAUGAUAUUUAAUUUGUUGAUCAGCUGAUGGAUAUAAAAGAGGGAAUUUUUAGUUUAUCAAGGGCCUUGUAAAGCAGAAGGGUCCAGUUCUUGGAGUAUUUAGGGCAGAACCAGAAAACGUGAGCGGUUUUCAGAUUGGCUGAAGGAACCCAACCUCAAAACACGUGGGUUGUGUUGGUUGUCUGUUUUAAAACAACGCGAACGGUGAACGUAAAUCUGUGAUAAUGAUUAUUAACACCGGCUUUUAAGGCGGGAUUCUGUAUUGAUUGAAUCGAUUAAAACAAUAAAAAGUUAUGGCGAGAAAGAAAGAUGUUAAUACCAACGAGCGUUUACAAAAUCAGGAUCGUGCUUUGAUUUACUUGCAAGGAAAACAUUGGAGCUAUGACAGAUGGUCUGGAGUGUUUUCAUACGAUGUACCAGGAUUGAAUUUAAAUAAAAGUCCGUGGAUUGAAGAAUGGAAUGUAGAAAAUGCGAGAAAUCUGUAUCAGCCAUUUCCGUGGAAUUGUGAUUAUCCGAAGCCACUUUUACCUCCAGUAAGAUUGCCAAGGGGUGUUCUCUGUAAAGGUGAUCCAGGUCUGGAUAUUCUCCUGAAGAAGAGCUACAUCGCUGAGGAUGUGGAGCGAAUGACACAAUAUUUUACGCAUAAAUUAAAAAAUUUUGAUUUGACCGUGGAAAAUAUAAAGUCUAAGACCGAGGGAUUUAUAACUACAACAGCUCUACCGAAAUUCGUGGCAGAUCUAUCAGAAUUAAUGGACAUGGAUCCGGACCCUGAGUUCACUGGAAAAUAUAACUACUAUUUCAAUGGGGGCUCUUUAGGCAACUUUAGGAUGAACGGCGAAAAUGUUCUGGUGUUUCCGUACAUGGAGGAAUUGGUAGUUGCACCUCUGAUUUAUCGUGAGAAUUCAAUAUGGAAACCGAAUUUGAAGAGGGCAGCAAAAUGUGAGCUCAAGGAUCAGGUGUUCGAGUUGAAACAAACGGCUUUCGACUGUGGAUAUCAGCUGAUGACGAGGUCGAAACACUCUUGUGAAUUCUUCUCAGUCGUUGACAAAGGCAACAAGUUGAGGGUGAUGAGUAAACAAAAGUGUUCAUCAUCAGUUCCAAUUAUAUCUGCAGAUACUAAUCCCUUCAAUCCGCAAGAUUUUUGCACUGUUAAUAUCAUGCGGAAAAUAGCUCUGCGGGAUGUAGAAACAGGGGUACAAAGGCUAAAGGCUGAAUUACCAAAAUCCACGAUGGAGGAUAGGUGGAGAAGUAUAAAAUUUCAACAAUGGAAGCCUCAUAUUAUUACUCUCGCUGAUAGAUGUUGUAUCCAUUACUUAGAUGUGAGGCGAUCGAUGAAUACGCCUGUACUCACAAUAUAUCCAAAGCCCUAUAUAAACGAUCAUGAGUGGGUAUCCCUCGAAAUAUCGAGUAACAAUGAAGCCUGUCAUUACGUAGGUACUUCCCAGAGUUUGUUAAUGCUUGAUAGCAGACGGGGUGAUGUUGUUCGACAAAAAUGGAGCCAUCAGCUUCAAAGUGCACCUGUAACAGGGAACUUGCUCUCGCACGAAGGCAGAGAGAUCAUCACGUUAGCAAGUCAAAUUUCUGGCGAUGUUAAAAUAAUACUCAACACCUGGGAAGAUUCGGACGAGCCUCACAGCUUCCAUUUACCCUACGCCCCGGCAAGUAUCCUGGAUACUUUGAGAGAGUCCCAUCUUUUAGGAAAAUGUUUGAAUCCACUGAUGAGGACGAGACUGAAACUCUCCACUGCUGGCUCUCAACUUAUUCAGGACGAGUCACAAAAUAUUUACCUUUUUACACAAAAUUCCAUUGGUGAUAUUUUCUAUCAAGGCCUCAAUUACGAGGAGGUGUUGGAUAAGAAUUCUUAUGUCAAUACCAAUGCCUAUUAUGCGUUGGAAGUUUGGGAGAAAAGGAUGUUGGAGCAGAAUUUUGUAGCACCUGUGGUUAUUUCUGAUCAAUCGAAUAUGGGAAAGGUAUUUGAGGCAUUUACUAAUAAAGAUUUGAAGUACCAGGAGCCCGUGAGGAAGGUAUGGAGGGAUAGAGAAAAGUCAUCUUCCGGGAAAUGGCGAGAAGAGGCGCAGAAGAGAAAGAAGAAAAAAAAGAGUGAGGAAGAGAAAGAACCACCGCCUCGUUGGAAACACUCGAUAAAGCGAUUGAGUCAGUACACUGAUCGACUUGCGCCUGCGUUGCUAGAGGUUUGGGAAGUGACUGGACAUAAAGACCAAGUACCACAAACAAGUGCGAAUGAGAAAGUAUUUACUUGGCUCCAAAACUCGGAAGACAAAUCUCCAGAAAUUUCACUGAGCCAAGGAACUUUAAGGGAUCAGGAUGAUGACUGUGUACUGACUCCAGUGUUCAGUCAAGAGCUCAUUAGUGUUUCACAGCAACAAGAGCCUUCAAAUCAUUUUGAAAAUCCUGAAGUACAGGCUGAGACGUUAGAGUUCGAUGAGGAUUUACUUAUAGAUGACGAUUAUGGAACUUUGAAUAGGCCGAAACAGACAGCGAAUGUCACAAAACAAAAAGAGAACAAGAGGAAAAACAAUUUUACUGUAGGAUUUUAAUAUCUGUAUUAUUUGCUACGACUUGAUAUUAGUAUUUUCAUUGAGUUCGUGAGAGAAGUUCGGUACAUUUUUCGCUUCAGUAAAUUAAUACCCAUGAGAAAUUUACAUUAAUUGAAAUUGUGUAAAUAAAAAAGGAAACAUCCUCAAUCCUCAAUUGAUUUUUAAUAAAAAUUUUCAGGU